CGCCGGCUAGAUGCUAACGGCCGCGCAUACUUUGUUAACCAUAACAACCGCACUACUCAAUGGGAAGAUCCUCGUACUCAGGGUAACCCGUUGCCCGAUGGCUGGGAGAUGCGAUACACUCCCGAUGGAUUUCCCUUCUUCGUCGAUCACAAUACGAAGGCAACGACCUUCAGGGAUCCGCGUCGUCCUGAUAAUGGGUAAGUAUAUAAUAUGGUUUUUGAUAUUAAGUUACGAUGUUGUAGCCCCUGUGUUUGCGAUCUAUUAUUUUGGAUGA